GUAAAUCACGGGCAAGAUGACAAUUCCUCAACACAAAGGUUUUGAAGUGACAGGAGCGCGCUAAUGGAUGCAGUUCACUCAAUGGAUUUAUAUAUUUAGCUUUCUGUGACGCUCUAUCAGCCAACUGCAAGCAGAUUCGUGAAGAACAAGCAAGACCGAAUGCGCUGUAUUGCCUGUUUAUUUUGGUGUUCUCAAACAGGAACACGUAAACACAUUUUAAGUCAAAACUGAAAGAUUUGGAUAUUUUUUUAACAACUCUCUUCCAUUCAUGUGGUGCCAGCGCGGUGGAAUAACGAAAUUUUCCAACAAACUGGUCGGAAUAACGAAAUUUUCCAACAAACUGGUCGGUUAAUGAUGGCAGUUGAACAUAACGGGAUAUUCUUGAAAUCUCAUUAUCACAGUCAACAGUAUCCCAUGGAGUCGGUUCCCCCAGACUCUCGUAAACGACCACUAACUCCGACCGAGGAAGACUGUUGUACCAAGCGCACAAACACGGGAGAGGAGGGUGAGUACUUCCUGAAGGUGCUGAUCCCCAGCUAUGCGGCCGGCUCCAUAAUUGGCAAGGGCGGCCAGACCAUCGUACAGCUGCAGAAAGAGACGGGCGCCACCAUCAAGCUGUCCAAAUCCAAAGACUUCUACCCAGGAACCACAGAGCGUGUAUGUCUGAUACAGGGUACAGUCGAGGCGCUGAAUAGCGUCCACAGCUUCAUCGCGGAGAAAGUCCGUGAGAUGCCUCAGAGCGCCCAGAAAACAGAGCCAGUCAGCAUACUGCAACCACAGACCACUGUCAACCCCGACCGCGUCAAACAGGCUAAAUUGAUUGUGCCCAACAGCACGGCUGGGCUGAUCAUCGGUAAGGGCGGGGCCACGGUCAAGGCAGUGAUGGAGCAGUCGGGUGCCUGGGUGCAGCUGUCCCAGAAGCCUGAAGGCAUCAACCUGCAGGAGCGUGUGGUCACCAUCAGCGGGGAACCCGAGCAGAACUGCAAAGCCGUGGAGAUCAUCGUGCAGAAGAUCCAGGAGGACCCUCAGAGCAGCAGCUGCCUCAACAUCAGCUACUCCAACAUCUCAGGCCCCGUGGCCAACUCCAACCCCACCGGUUCCCCCUACGCCAACUCAGCCGAGGUCCUCCCCAACGCAGCCGCGGCUGCCGCCACUGCCUCCAGCCUUCUGGGCCAGGCCGGCCUGGCAGGAAUGGGCGGCUUCCCGGGCACCAUGUCCAGCUUCUCUGGCAAUGACCUGCUGGCCAUCACCUCGGCCCUCAACACUCUGGCCAGCUAUGGCUACAACACCAACACCCUGGGUCUGGGCCUCAACCCCGCUGCCGCCUCUGGGGUCCUGGCCGCCGUGGCUGCUAGCGCUAACCCAGCCGCUGCUGCCGCUGCUAACCUCCUGGCCUCCUAUGCCAGCGACGCCUCCGGCGGCUCCGGCCACCCCGCUAUCGGCCUGGGCGGCUUCUCCCUGGGCUCGCUGGCUGCCGCCACAGGGGCCUCCAACGGUUACCUGAACGCCUCAUCCCCACUGAUGGCCUCUUCCCUGCUGGCCACAGAGAAGCUGGGAGACGGGGCCAAGGACGUGGUGGAGAUUGCCGUGCCCGAGAAUCUGGUGGGCGCCAUCCUGGGGAAAGGUGGUAAAACGCUGGUGGAGUACCAGGAGCUGACAGGCGCCCGCAUCCAGAUCUCCAAAAAGGGAGAGUUCAUCCCCGGCACGCGAAACCGUAAAGUUACCAUAACAGGGUCGCCCGCGGCAACACAAGCCGCCCAGUAUCUGAUCAGCCAGCGGAUCACGUAUGAGCAGGGUGUGCGUGCCACCAACCCACAGAAGGUGGGCUAAAUGGGAGAACAUGGGAAAAUAAAGGAAGGAUGGAGACAGAGAAAAUAAAAGGGAAUCGAGGGUCACGGCGAGGGGAAGAAAAUGUCCAAAUAUCCGUUCAAUAUUUCAGUAUUAAAAAGAGAAGAUCACAAAGGAGGAAGAGGUGGGGAUAAAACCAAGAUAAGUUUGUGUGAUAUGUGAUUGUGUUUUUAGGACCGAGGUCCUGAUGUUUUUAAAAAGUUGUGAGGAGUCCUUUUGAUGAUGGCGAUUAGAGUAAAGCUGAACUGGUCCACUGCCAAGCUGCAGAUCCAGGGGUGAGCACAUGAGUUCACCCCCAUUCAGAAACCUCAUAGCUGGGUUUGUUUUGGGUUUCGUUCUCUUCCGUUUCACUCUUCUAUCAUUGUGUGGGUUUUUCAGCUUCAGUUGCAGACCUCCGCUCCAGGUGAGUUGAGAGUCAGUUGAGGUUCCAGACAAGCUAAAAGAGCAGAGAUGGAUGUUUGCUCAUGCCUUUUUCCUUUGAUGUUAACCUUGCUCCAUGUGAACAAAGCAAAAAAGUCCUUGUCUACAUGAGAGAGGUUAAAUGAUGCUCACCAGAGGUCGUCCAAAACCAUUAAGCAUCCAUUUUAUUCUAAAUUCUUAACGGAUAUCACAUUGUUAAUGACAUGCCACUGUAUGAUUCAUAUCAAAAUUUAGAUUUUAACACUUUGGUUGUUAUAAUUUUUAUUUUCAUCAAUUAUUUAUUGAAAUAUGGUCUCAUUCAAACACGUAUAGAUUAUUUUAACCUGUGAAUUCGGGUUGAUAUGAAUGUAAAGACAGUAUUAUUGUUAUUUUGUUACUAACGAGGAUCACAUUUUGAGUUGCAGUGACGGAUAUGUAUAGUUUUAACCCAGAACUGCACAGUAACUAUAUAUGAGUGUAGAUCAGGGGUCAAAUGUUCAAUGUGAGAGGAUAGAUGAGACACACAGGAAUGUACACACACACAUACACAGGAACACACAUAGACAAUCAUUCAUACAUGUAGACCGCCACCCACAUACACACCACUUUUGGUGCUACGAAAACAUAACUACAGAUAGGCUUAUAUCUCCAGUAUUACCUAAAUUGAAAAUCCCUUUUAACCGUUGUCCACUCAUCUGUAGUGUACGGGAUUUAGUUCUGCCUUUAUGUGAGUAAAGUAAGACUGGAUUUCAUGCUACGAUUGCCAGUCUUAAUAUUUUACCCCAGUAAAUCAGUCCUUUAGUUGCCAUGGCAAACUGUUUCUUGUACCAUCAUGGGCAGUUUAGAUCCAAAUAACGUAGUUACUGGUUUAAAACCAAUCAUUUUAUACUAUUGUCAUAAAUUGGCCGUAUACUUUGAGUUUGCCAGCCGAUAUUGCUCCUUGCGACAUACUCCGACAGUAAGUAGAAAUAUGAUUAAACCCCAAUGGGAAGGAGCAUUGUAUCUGAAAGGGAAGACGCACUAUACACAGCUUGAGGUAUGUUACAUUAUCUUUUCAAUUGAAGAAACAUCUAACCAGAAGAGUCCCCCAAGGGAACGAAGCACUACAAAGCAGUUUUGUUAAGAAAAGCAGUUUGAACCUUAUCUGUGAACAAGAAGACGAUUGCUUUAGAUUUAGGGUGGCUGGUAGUCAAGAGAGACACGAAUGAGAAAGAAAUGGAGUCACCAUGAAACACAUUUGGACUGAAACCAUUUGGAGUCUGUUGUGAACCAUUCUUCCCAAUCAGAGUAAAUACCAAUAUGGAGUCAAACAGUUUAUGCAGUUGGUCAGUCGAACUUGUUAUCUUGCCUAAAGCAGACAUUGACACUAGCUUAUAUUGACAGUAGUGCAUAAUGCAUUGCUGAAACAUUUUGCUGACAUUCUGUAAGGAUAAUUGCAGGGGGGGGUAACUGUCUCCUAGAACAUUCUCAAACAAACAAAGUUUACCCUUGCUUGCUUCUGCGCUGCUAUACAUUGGUUUUCAUCCGAGUACACUGGGUCUAUUUUGACUGCACUGUGAGACACAACGAAGACACAACGCAGUGUGCCUGUCCCUUCUUGAGCCAAGUGUUCAAAUUUUGAUGUACAUAUCCAAGAAAUAGGCCUACAGCUGACACACACGCAUUGCAUGUUCUAGAGCAAAACCAGCCGAGCAGUGAGAUAAGGAACAUCUCCACAAGAACAUCCCAUAAUGUCUUGGAGAUGUUUUGGUUUACCAAUAAUAUUGCACAGCAGAGAGCUGCUACACAUUCAUAUUAAUGGAAGUCUCUUCUACUGAUGAGUCCAGAGUCAUCAGUCAACCAUAUUGUCUUUUAUUAACCCAAAUGACUCCUAAUACAUUUAUUUUCCUGCACAGCAGUCCCUGAAUCUUAUUCUGACCCUCUUUUCCAUUUCCCACAUUAUCCUUAUGUAACCAGAGCUCUGUGAUUGGCUUUCAGUAAUACAGGACUGGAACGGAUAACGGCAGAGAAUCAAAGAAAAAGCAACACUCCCUUUUUAUGAGUGAAAUGACAACGCCCCACCUACUCCAUAGUCAUUCUAAGGAAUGUUUGCUCGAGAAAGCAGUUACCUUUACCUCAUCUUACUAUCAACUAUGUGUUGGAGCACUCCGCAUGGCAUGGCACUAGCCACGAGCCCCAUUACCCUGACUCACUGAAUACACGUUUCCCUUUCAUUGUAUUUCUGAAGGUAUGUGCUGUGACUUAUAACAGUACUCAAUGGUGAAAUGGCACUCCAGUUAAAAUAUCUGUAACUCCCACCCGUGGGGUUCAGAAACCUUCAUAUUUUAGCCCCUAACCUCACAAAAUGUUUACGUGAUUUAAAAUACAAGCACAAAUCAAGGUGAAUUUAGUAAUAUAAGCAAUGCAACUAGACUUGGUUUAGAGGACUACUCUAGAGCUGUCUGAUCUAUACAUUGUCCUCUUUUUACGUUCAUUACAUUACUUACUUCGACAUUUCUCCCACCCUUCAUAUGGUAUUUUUAGUAUAUUUUAGAACGCUCCUAUAUCCAGAUUCCCUUCUCUCUCUCCUCCACUCUGCUCGACCUCUCUCUCCUUUUUUCUGUCUACUCAUAGGCGCUGAUGUCUGGGGUUGCAGGGAGUGCCGAAGUGAUCGAUAGCAGUUAUGCACUAUAGGUCAUAAGGGUAUGCAAAUAUUUUCACAGCCCAUAGAGUUCACCAGGCAAAAAUGCACAGAUAACAACUGCCUCCAAACUGUGACACCCCACAAGACCAACAAGCAACAUUGGUUCAAACUAUGGUAUCAAAUUCCCUACUAAAAGAGGAACAAGUAGGAUUUAGACAGGCUUAUAUUGUAAUAUAUGACCUUUUAGGGGAACAGGAGAGGUUAUGUAUUUUUUUCUACUGGAAAGCAAAAUAAGUAAGCAAAUCUUUGUUCAAUGAGCAAAUGUCUGUUGGUUGACCAAACACAACUUAUCUUUCAGCCUUUUAACAGCAGUUUAUUUUUAAAAAAAGUUCAUGAUAGAGCGCAAGAGAAAGAUGGGAACUCGUUCGUGACCUCAUGCUGAAACAGUGACAUCCUUUAUGCAUAUCCUCUUAUCUGAAAAAUGACUAGAAAUUCAUUUCUGUGGAAUAUGUCAUGUCAACAUGAUGUAUAUGUAUGUUAUUGUAGCUAUUCUAGUUUGUAGUCCAAAUGCAGUCCAGCGUCUCGUCAAUGCAAUGUGAAACUCUAUGUUAUCUUUGUGUGGAUGAUGAAGAGUGCCAACUAAGCCUGAGUAAGAUUAGCUUCGCUAUUUGUUUGUGCAUUACGAUGACUCAUCAUAUGGCGUCCAUAUUUCUGUCAUUUAGUUUGACCGUAAGAAAAAUGUAAAGAAUAUUGGAAGCAAUAUAGUAGCAUGUUGUCCUGUUUUGUGUUUUGGUUAUGUUUGUCGUAUGAACAUUUGAAAUUACUAAGAUUUUGAAUUAAUAGGUUUACAUGUACUUUUUGUAAAUUAUGAAAAUGCUGCUAUUUGAUAAGUAAAAUAUACAAAACAUUUUAGUUGAAAAGAUGUCUGGUCUGUUGAUUAGAAACAUGCUCUAAAAGACAGGGCAUACAAUUAGGUGUAUAGAAUACUAUACAGUAUUGGUAAGAUAGUAACAGUAAUAAUAGACUCUAUAGUACAACCUGUGCCAAACUAGACUUCUGCAGCUUUUGAAAUUGUAGAUGUGCAAUCAAAUGUUAGAUAUUAAUAACUUGUUUAGAAGUGCUGAUCAGGUGCCAAUCAAACAAUGUUUUUAAGUUAAAAGAUAAUCAAAUACAUUACUUAAGAAAACAAAGGAUGGAUAACUGUUUUGUGCAUUGUUUUACCCCAUAGCUACAUAGAGUAAGAGCUAAAGAUUGUGAUUUUUAUGGAUCCAUGUUGUUUUACACUCCAUGCAUCCCCUGUGUGUUCGUUUGACCUGUAGCUUAAGCACUGCUGUUUUUCACAAAUGUCUCUAUAGGCCAGCAUGGACUUAGCAUAACAUGUUAUAAGCAUUCAUAACAUAGCCAGCCAUUAUCAGACAAAAUGUGUUUCGUGGAGUUAGGUGUUAUCUUUUUGCACGUCUUCUAUUGCAUGGUAUCAAAGUGAAAUAUGGAGGGGGGAAAAAAUGAAUGCAAAAAAAAUGGAGGUGUUCUCGCAACAUUCAAAGACAUAACGUUGCAUGCAAUCAGUUGUAGAGCACUUACGUUAAAACCGCCUCAUAUUUAAAAAAUGGUUUAUUGUCGUAAGUUGGGAGGGGUUCUAUUAUUGUCAUGCUGGUCCAAAUACAACAUAUUUCAGAUCAAAUUCUCAUACAGUCCAUCUCUUUAUAUUAUUACAGAUAUGAUUUUGUUUUCUUAAGGUACCAUGAGGAGUAUUACAAAUGCGAAAAAUGUUAGUCAGUGUUAUUCUUGUGUUUUGCUUUCUAUAAUACCAGGCAUGCAUUUUUUAGGAUCAGGUUAAACAUCACAAAACCUGCGUAAUAUUUUUUACGAUUUUUUAUACUACAGCUUGAAUUCCCAGAUCUAAUCUAUGAAUGUACUACCAUUUGCUCAUUAUUUCUGUUGAAUGUUUAUCAGUCUUUAAAUGUGAAUUCAAGGCUGGAAUGUCAACUACAUGUAGCGUUAACAUAUUAUGUCAAGAACCAAUUUCAGCUAUAGUCAGGUAGGCCUGACAUGGCCACAGUCAUAAUCCAGAUAUGUUUCAACAACACUUCAGAUUUGCUGUAAACAUUAUCCUGUAUGUUUGGUGUUGCAUAAAUGCACUUUACUUUUUACAAAUUACAUCUCCUAUUAUUGGAUGUGAAACAAAGCAAACAAUAUUCAUUUUCUGCCGUUUUUGUCAUUCUUUGCUGUUGCUCUGAUGUUAUUGUUUUAGUAAAAAAACAAACAAACAAACAAAAAAAGAAACUUUGUGAAUAAUGAGAGUGUUUUGUGUAUCAGACCUCUCUGAAAAGGUGGCAUGCGAGACCUCACAAUAUCGAUUCUCCUUUUAGCAAAGAUUUGUGUUAAUCGCAAUGAGCAAAUCUCUCUUUGAAGAUAGAAUCCUUUGUUGCUACAUACAUUUUUUUAACUUAGAAAUGAAUAAUAUAUACCCAUUGAUCCUUGAAGAAUAUAACUUAUACAUGCCUCAUAAGCUUAGUUCAACUGUCGUAUCACAGCAGAACCCCAAAUAUACGCGUGUUUUACUCCAUCUACAUUUGCUAACAAUGUAGAUGUAAACAAACGCUUUAUGGCCUCAAAACAUGGUUAAAACUAAAAUGUUAAUAUCAUGCAUGGUCAGUCCUUGCAUCCAUUGCUCUGUCCAUGAAUUUGAGUUGUUACAUUUCUCCAGGCCCAUCCCUCAGCGUUGUCAUUUUUUUCAAUGAAGGAUUCUAGAUUUAAAAGAGGGAGAGGGAACUUAAGAGUGGAACUGUUCCACCUUGUCAUGUUGCAUUCUGCUGCCUUGAAAUCUAGCGGUGGGAGUAUUUUUAUGAACAAAUUGGCAUUGAAAGCAUGGUAAACCUCAUACAAUGUCUCUAUGUUCUGUUAUCAGAGUCCAUGCUUGUUCCGUUACAGAAUGCUAUCCCAAGGUCUCGCUGAUAUAAUAUUAGAUCAGAGACAAAUACAGCACCGGGAAAAUGUGAUCGCUUCGGUCAUACCGCUGUCAGUGUUGGUGUAUUUGACGACAACAACAUUUUAGAACCCUAUGUAACCUAAAAUGGCCUAACUAAUUUACCACAUGCAUGAUUUGAGUGUCUGUCUCAUUCUUCUGUCAUACACUGCUACUAACCCCCACCAAUGUUCUAACCUCUCCACUACUGAGUGAUUUGAGUGUCUGUCUCGUUCUUCUGUCAUACACUGCUACUAACCCCCACCAAUGUUCUAACCUCUCCACUACUGAGUGAUUUGAGUGUCUGUCUCAUUCUUCUGUCAUACACUGCUACUAACCCCCACCAAUGUUCUAACCUCUCCACUACUGAGUGAUUUGAGUGUCUGUCUCGUUCUUCUGUCAUACACUGCUACUAACCCCCACCAAUGUUCUAACCUCUCCACUACUGAGUGAUUUGAGUGUCUGUCUCGUUCUUCUGUCAUACACUGCUACUAACCCCACCAAUGUUCUAACCUCUCCACUACUGAGUGAUUUGAGUGUCUGUCUCAUUCUUCUGUCAUACACUGCUACUAACCCCCACCAAUGUUCUAACCUCUCCACUACUGAGUGAUUUGAGUGUCUGUCUCAUUCUUCUGUCAUACACUGCUACUAACCCCCACCAAUGUUCUAACCUCUCCACUACUGAGUGAUUUGAGUGUCUGUCUCAUUCUUCUGUCAUACACUGCUACUAACCCCCACCAAUGUUCUAACCUCUCCACUACUGAGUGAUUUGAGUGUCUGUCUCAUUCUUCUGUCAUACACUGCUACUAACCCCCACCAAUGUUCUAACCUCUCCACUACUGAGUGCCAAACUAAAUCAACACCAUUCCAAACAUUUAAAAAAAAGAAUCAUCUGGAUAUUCACCUAACCCCCCCAUGCUCCUCCUCGGGGGGGAUUCCUUUGAACUACCAGACACAGGACAAAGGCGGUUCAGGCUGCUUUGCCCCCGCUUCUCCUCAACACUCUUCAUCUUUUCAGCCUACAUGACAUUACGAUUAUGUGUGGUGUUGUCUGGCACCUUAUCUUUGACCCACCCAUGAACUUAGUUGACCUUAUCCACCCUUUGUGUGUGUUUAUUAUUUUGACCCCAGGUUUACUGCCAAACUUUGCUGAGACUACAACUGUAUGAACGCUCAUUUUGUUUGUUUGUUUUCUUGUCAUCCGGAUAGUUCUGAAGGGUUGAAACUAAAAUGUUGAUUGAAAAAAGCAUGACAAUGCCUUGCACACCUCUUUGGCUCCAUUGCAAAUAUUAUUUUGGGUUAGGUUUUUAAUUUUGUAAAACUUUUUGUUUUUCCAUUUCAAGAAAUGGACUGUCAGCAUAAGUUAAAUGUUAGUCAAAACUAAAAAGAGUUUUGUCAAUCUGAAUGACUAGUGUCUCUAUAUUAAGACAGAGAAGAUACCAUUUGAAAGUUUAGGCCUCACUUGUCCUUUGACUUAAGCAUUUUCUUGGAUGCCUUUACACACACACAGUCUCAAUCUGAAAGAUACUGUCUUUCCCUGAGCCAUUUCAGUGAAGUACGGAUGGGAGCUUUUUAAUCGAGAUAUUUGCCAAAGGAAAUCUCCAUUAAGCCAAAAGCCAGCCAGCCUACACACUGAAGCUGUGGUAGCACUGGGAUGGUUCACUUCCCAUUUCUCCCAGAAAACACUUCAUUGUUUGACAUUUGACAUGCCACUAUUUUUAUAUGCUGCCAGUCUAUUUACUGCUUUCUCAGUGAGACAGCUCAGAAGCAGGUCCUUUUAUAACGAUACACUGUUGAUUAAUGACAACAGCAACUAUGAAAAGGGAAUGAAAGGAUUUUUAAAGUGUCAUUUUUGUGAACUUUUUUUAAUUAUUAUUAUAAAUUAUCUGAACAUCAUUCAUUAAUAGAUUUAAGGGUAAAGACUAUAUAAUGUAACUGUAGUAUUGUGUUUGUAAAAAAGAUCUGUGAGUUGUGUUUUAUGACUCGUGGACUACCAGUGAAGUCAGCAUUUCAGUGUUAAUAUAUUGAAUUGUUUUUUAAAGAUUAUUUUUGCGACGGCAACAGCAACAAAGAGUCAUUAUAAAUGUUCAUCUUAGCAUCA